GCGGCGCAGCUCCGCGGCCCGCAGUCGGCCGGGUACGCGGGGAGCGGGGGUUCGGCCGUGGGGCUCCGGGCAAGUGCCCGCUCGGGUGGCUCACGAUGCGCGGCGGGCAGGACGAGGCGCGGGCCCGGGUGCUCCAGUUCACCAACUGCCGCAUCCUGCGAGGCCGGGCGCUGCUCAGGGAGGAUUUGUGGGUGCGUGAAGGCCGCAUUCUGGACCCGGAGAAGCUGUUUUUUGAGGAGCGACGAGUGGCGGAUGAGCAGCGGGACUGCGGGGGUUGCAUCCUGGCGCCCGGCUUCAUCGACGUGCAGAUCAACGGUGGAUUUGGCGUUGACUUCUCUCAGGCCACGGAGGACGUGGGUUCGGGGGUUGCCCUGGUGGCCCGGAGGAUCUUGUCGCACGGAGUCACCUCCUUCUGCCCCACCUUGGUCACCUCACCACCGGAGGUUUAUCACAAGGUCCUUCCUCAGAUCCCUGUGAAGAGUGGUGGUCCCCAUGGGGCAGGGGUCCUCGGGGUGCACCUGGAGGGCCCAUUCAUCAGCCGGGAGAAGCGGGGUGCACACCCCGAAGCCCACCUGCGCUCCUUUGAGGCCAACGCCUUCCAUGAUGUACUGGCCACCUACGGGCCCCUGGACAACGUCCGCAUCGUGACGCUGGCCCCCGAGCUGGGCCGGAGCCGAGAGGUGAUACGGGCACUGGCGGCCCGUGGCAUCUGUGUGUCCCUAGGACACUCGGUGGCCAACCUGCAGGCCGCGGAGGAAGCUGUGCAGUGUGGGGCCACCUUCAUCACCCACCUCUUCAAUGCCAUGCUGCCUUUCCACCACCGUGACCCAGGGAUUGUGGGGCUCCUGACCAGUGACCGGCUGCCACCAGGCCGCCACAUCUUCUACGGGAUGAUCGCUGACGGCAUGCACACCAACCCUGCUGCCCUGCGCAUUGCCCACCGGGCCCAUCCCCAGGGGCUGGUGUUGGUCACCGACGCCGUUCCUGCCCUGGGCUUGGGCAACGGCCGUCACACACUGGGGCAGCAGGAGGUGGAAGUAGUUGGGCUGACAGCCUACGUGGCAGGUGAGCGAUCCUCUCGGCCCCGCCAACUGCCCCCACGACAACACCCACUGCCGACCCCCCACCACGUGCCUGGUGGCCUCUGGUCCCCCAGAGCCUGCCCUCUCUGCUCUGAAGGCACCAAGACGCUGAGUGGCAGCAUAGCCCCGAUGGACGUGUGCGUCCGGCACUUCCUGCAGGCCACAGGCUGCAGUGUGGAGUUGGCCCUGGAGGCUGCGUCCCUGCACCCCGCUCAGCUGCUGGGGCUGGAGAAGCACAAGGGCACCCUGGACUUCGGGGCCGAUGCAGACUUCGUGGUGCUCGAUGACUCUCUCCACGUGCGGGCCACCUACAUCUCGGGCGAGUUGGUGUGGCAGGCGGAAGAGGCCAGGCAGUGACCGAGGACCACAGCCGGAAAGGAUGCCCAGCCUUAGGUGGACGCGGUCAGGGCUGAGCCGUGGAGGAGCUGGUCUCCAGGGAGCGACUGGGCGCCCUGCCCCAGGUGGAGGCCUCCGCUCAGGAGGCAGCUGGAUAAACAUGCGCCCAGCAGGGACUUGUCUGGUCUCCGAGUGUUGCU